AUGGAUGAGGCAGAGAAGGAAAGGCAGAGAAAGAUCAAGGAAAUCUAUCGUUAUGAUGGAAUGUCGAACCAGGUUCUUCGAGUAGAUAGAGAUUUGAUAGAGAACAAGACCGAUAUACAACAUGACGCGGCAAUAUCGCAACCAAAAUCGAUGUCUGGUAAAAUCGAUUUGAAAGAGAUGGGCUCGGCUGUGAGGAAUGCCGAGCUUGAUGAAGAAGAACGUUCUGCUGCUGAAAAAGAAUUUCAAAAACGUUUAAACAGCUCAUCGCAGGAUAAUAGUUUAAGGUCAAGACCAGUAAUACAAAAGAAAUCACUUCUUGAUGAUAUCUCACAGCUGAAUUACUUACCCACAGAUGAUUAUAAUAGCGAUAUAUAUGACCAGAUUGUAUUAAUUUGCUCCCAACUACUCGGAGAUGACAUUCCACAUUCCAUUUUAGCAGAUGCAGCAGAUCUCAUUAUAGUGACGUUGAAAACGGACGAGAACGUCGAGUUGGAAAACAAAAGGUCAAAGAUAGAAGACGCAUUGGGUGUGAAAAUAGAUGACAGUACCUUUAAUCCGUUGUUAAAACUAACAGGUAGUAUAUCGGAUUAUGGAACAGAUAUUAACGGAAGCGCAGUAAAUGGGGAUGAUGUAGAUGAAGAAGGCGAAGAAGAAGAUGAAAAGGAAAAAAAUACGUUACUAGAAGAAGUUGAAGAAGAGGAAGAAGAAGAGGUUGAGAGCGGAGAACACAAUGAUUCAAACGAUAUUAUUUCUGGCAAUUUGCAAAACGAUAUCAUGAAUAACACGGAAACGAUAGACUUAGAGGUUGUUCAAGCAGACCAGGAAGUUGUAACAAUAAACAAUGUGGAUGAAUUUUUCCUACAGCGAAAAUUGAGAGCCCAUUUUAAAAAUCUGGAAGAGACUAAGGUCCAAGAGAUGACUAACAGCAUAUAUUCAGCAUUAUCAAUGCAAAAAGACAAUUCGGACUUAGAGCAAAACCUAUUGGAUAUUUUAGGUUCAAAAGAAAAGGGUUUUGCGCACUUUAUCAUAUCAAACAAGGACACUUUAUACUGGGGUCACAUCUUGAAUACCUCGGAUGGUAACGGUAUCAACAAGGCUUUAGAAGACAUGGAGAAUAAUAAUUUAUCCGAACUUGUCGAAGCUUACAAUAGAGGUUCAAAAACAAAGAAGAGAUCCUUGGACGAAGGAGAAGAGCUUUCUUCAAAAAGAACAAAAAUAAUAAUGGAAGAUAAGAAAAACUUUAUAGACCUUGAAAACUUCGAACUCUCCCAGGAUAUUCAAAAUCUAAGCAAGAUCAAAAUCAAACUACCGGAGAACUCUUUUAAAAGAGUCAAAAAUGGCUAUGAAGAAAUACAUGUUGCUCCACCAGAAAAAGUAGAUGAUGACUUCCCUCUUGUAAAAAUUGAAAGUCUUCCAAAAUGGGCACGAACUGCGUUUCCCAGCUCUGAAACAUCAUCUUUAAACCGUAUACAAUCAGAAGUUUAUCCUACUGCAUUCCAAACUGAUGCUAAUAUUUUGUUAUGUGCUCCAACAGGUGCAGGUAAAACUAAUGUAGCCAUGCUUACCAUUUUACGUGCCAUGUCACACUAUUACAAAGAAGAGAAGAAUACUUUUGAUCUCAAAAGUUUUAAAGUCGUCUAUAUUGCACCAUUAAAGGCAUUGGUACAAGAACAGGUUAGAGAAUUUCAAAGAAGACUUCAUCACUUUGGUAUCAAUGUUGCAGAACUUACCGGUGACUCUAACCUUUCUAAACAACAGAUUGCAGAAACUCAGGUAUUAGUUGCUACUCCAGAAAAGUGGGAUAUUAUCACCAGGAAAUCUACUGAUACAAGUUUUCAUAAGCUAGUCCGUUUGAUUAUAAUUGACGAAGUCCAUCUAUUGCAUGACGAAAGAGGUCCUGUUAUUGAAUCAAUCGUUGCAAGAGUUUUGCGCGACAGGUCUGUUGAUUCACCAGCACGACUUGUGGCGUUAUCAGCCACUUUACCUAAUUAUAUGGACGUGGCAAAAUUCUUAAAGGUUCCUGCUGAGGGUAUGUUUUACUUCGACUCCUCAUUCAGACCAUGUCCAUUAGCGCAGCAAUUUUGCGGAAUAACAGAAAAGAGUAUUUUGAAGAAAAAGAACGCCAUGAACCAGGCUUGCUAUGACAAGGUACUGGAGGCUACAAAAGAAGGUCACCAAGUUAUAGUAUUUGUUCACUCUAGAAAGGAUACUGCAAGAACUGCAAGAUGGUUGCUACAGAAACUUACAGAAGAUGAUAAGCUCUCAGAAUUCUGUAAUCAAGAUAAGGGAUCUGUCGAAAUUCUAAAAACUGAAUCAAAUAAUGUUUCAGAUACAGCACUAGCUGAACUUUUGUGUUCUGGCUUGGGAAUCCACCACGCCGGUUUAUCCAAGGAUGACAGAUCUCUUUCUGAAGAUCUAUUUGCCGAUGGCCUUUUAAAAGUUCUUGUUUCUACUGCAACAUUAGCAUGGGGUGUUAAUCUUCCUGCUCAUACCGUAAUAAUAAAGGGCACAGAAAUAUAUUCACCUGAAAAAGGGGAUUGGACAAUGCUCCCUCCCCAGGAUAUACUUCAAAUGUUAGGUAGAGCUGGUAGACCUAGGUACGAUGUGAAUGGUGAAGGUAUUAUAAUCACAAAUCAGUCAGAUGUCAAAUAUUAUUUGGCGGUAUUGAAUCAACAGCUUCCUAUUGAAUCUCAGAUGAUAAAAAGAGUCAUUGACUGUCUCAAUGCUGAGGUAGUGUUAGGAAAUAUAUCAACGAUAGAAGAGGCUACAGAUUGGUUGAAAUACUCUUAUUUAUCUACAAGAAUGUCACAAUCACCCGAUGUAUACAAUAUAAACGGAAACUCUGAUUCACUAAAGUCUGAUAUAGUGAAAUUUCAGCACAACAUCGUUUAUUCUGCUUUAAAGUUACUUCAGAAGCACAAUCUUUUGCGUCACAAUGAAAUUAAUGGAAACAUAGAAGCAACUGAAUUGGGUAAAAUUGCUUCCCACUUUUACAUCAGUUACUCAUCAAUUGCUAUGUAUAAUCGUGAACUAGGAAAGAAUAGUACUUUGAUUGAUGUUUUGAGAAUAUUUGCAAUGUCUGAAGAAUUCAAGCACAUGUCUGUUCGUUCGGAGGAAAAGCCCGAGUUAGAAAAACUUCUUGACCGUUGCCCAAUCCCAAUCAAAGAAAAGGCAACAGAUCCUUUAGCAAAAUCCAACAUAUUGCUUCAAGUUUAUAUUUCGAAAUUGAAGUUAGAAGGCUUUGCAUUGAACGCAGAUAUGAUAUAUAUAUCUCAAAGUGCAGGAAGACUUUUCAGGGCUCUUUAUGAAAUAUGUUUAAGGAAAGGAUGGCCUCGACUCACAAAAAUGCUCUUAACGAUCUGCAAAUGUAUAGAGAAUAGAAUGUGGCCUACAAACUCUCCUUUCAGACAAUUCAAAAAAUGCCCUACCGAUAUCAUUAAGCGUGCUGAAGCAUCUGGUUUGCCUUGGAUUGAUAUACUUAACAUAAAAACCCCACACGAAGCUGGUGAAGUACUUAGAGCUCCACAAUUCGGAAAAGUCGCCUUUGAUCUCAUCCAACGUUUUCCUAAGAUCGAAAUUAGUUGCAAUAUGCAACCUAUUACCAAUUCUUUAAUUCAGUUUGAACUUGAAAUCAUACCUUCAUGGCUGUGGGAUUUUAGUGUUUCAGGCUCAUUAGAACCCUUCCUCGUUCUUGUUGAAGAUACAGAUGGUGAGGAAAUCCUAUACCAAGAUAACAUACGGGUCACCAAGGAUAAUAUCAACUCAUCAAUUUAUCUAGAGUUUGUCAUAUUCUUGAAAAAGUCAAUGCUACCUCCAAACUACUUUGUAUCCGUGAUUUCUGAGAAAUGGCUAAAUUGCGAGUAUAAAAUCCCGAUUAUUUUUGACACAAUGAAACUUCCCAAACAAUUUCCCGCUCCAUUAUUAUCGAAUGGCACUCCACUAAGAGAAGUGAAAGAUCUCCAAGUAGAUGAAUUCUCUAAUCUCUAUAAGUUUCGAUUUUUCAACCGAAUCCAGAGUAUGGUAUUUGAUACCCUGUAUCAUGAUACCGAAAGUACGUUAAUCUGUGCCCCCAAAGACUCAGGAAAAACAACAAUGAUAGAGUUGGCUUUAUUGAAUCAUUGGAGAAAAGGUAGAGGCCGUGCUCUUUAUAUCUGUCCAUCCAAAGAUAAGGUAGAAGAAUUAACGAAGAAUUGGAAGAAACGAUUCUCGCAUAUAGCAGGAGGGAAAAUUAUCAAUUGCCUAUCAGAAAAUCUUCAGCAGAAUGUUAAAACUCUAGCCCAGUCACAUCUAGUGCUUGCAACCCCUGAGGAAUUCAACUAUAUUUCUCGUAGAUGGCCACAGAGAAAAAAUAUCAAAUCGAUCGAACUAGCAAUAUUCGAUGAUAUUCACGAAAUUGGUAAUGGAAUAAAAGGAGCCAUUUAUGAAAUUGUUAUUACGAGAAUGGUAUUUAUUUCGACACAAUUGGAGCAACAAUUGCGAGUUGUUGCUUUGGGAGCUUCGCUUGCAAAUGCCAAAGAUCUUGGUGAGUGGAUUGGUGUUAAAAAGGCAAAUGUGUUUAACUUUGCAGCUAGAGACAGGCAGAUUCCAUUGAAAGUUGAAAUAGAAACCAGUAACUCUAAUGAGAAUCCAUCUAGUAAUCGCAAAGUUCUCGUUGACAGUAUUAAGACAAUUUCUUCAAGCCCUGUAUCUGAUAUUACUACCACAAUUUUUGUUGCUGAUAGAAACCAAUGUCUAAGUGUAUCUACGGAGUUAAUUAAGAUCUCUACUUCAGCAGCGAUAGAUCUACUCAGAACUGAUAUGGAUAGUAUAUCUGCAUAUCUAAACAGACUACAAGGUUCACAUAUCGCAGCCUUUCUUCAAAAAGGUGUAGGAGUUCUUUACGAAGGAAUGUCAUCAUCUGAUAGAAGAAUCAUCCAGAAACUUCAUGAUUACAACGUACUUUCGCUUUUAGUAUGUAGCAGGCAAUGUUGUGCUGAAGCUCCUGUAUCGAACAAUAUUGUUAUCGCAACCACUAAUUAUUUCGAGGGUAAAGAGAACCGAUACAUCGACUAUUCGAUAAAUUCAAUUCUUGAUAUGGUAGGAGCUUUAAAAGAACCGUCUGACGGAAGCCCUUCUCAUGUCAAGUUAGUAACGACCAGUCAACGGAAAGAUUUCUAUAAAAAGUUUCUGUUAGAGGGAUUACCUAUUGAAAGUUUUGUUCCUUUUCAAAUUGUCGAACUUCUUUCCAGUGAGAUAGCCAAUGAAACUCUUGAAACAAAGCAAGACUGCAUAGAUUUAUUGACAUACACAUACCUUUAUCGAAGAAUCCAUGCCAAUCCAAGCUUUUAUGGAGUUAAGGAAGUAAAUUCAGAAGGUAUCUCUUUGUAUUUGACAGAAUUAGUUGAAGAAGCAGUCAAUCUAAUGAGCGAAUCCGAUCUUCUGACUAUUAAUGAAGUGAAUGAAAAAGCGGAUGAUGUUGAGGAAAAGAUAUAUCCAACUAAUGCAUGCAUAAUUUCAGGAUAUCAUAAUGUGUACUAUGAGUCAAUGUGUCAGUUCAGCAAAAGUGCUUCGGGAUCCUUGCGGCUACGUGAUUUGCUGGAGUUACUAGCUUCCAGUUUUGAAUUUCAAUCUUUACCAAUUAGAGCAAAUGAUAUACCAACAUUAAAAAAAUUAUACGAACUUGCUCCUUUAAAGUUAUCCUCAGAGCUUGACACAAGAUCUACUAAGACGAAGGUUUUCAUUUUAUUACAGGCCUAUUUCUCGGGCUUACGUUUACCUCCUGAUUUGUCAUAUGAUACAACUAAUAUCCUAAAAGUAGCGCCAGCCUUAGCAAGCGCAAUGGUGGACGUUUUAUCUGCCAAUGGGCUCUUGAACGCAACAGUGGCGAUGGAUCUCAGUCAAAUGAUAGUACAGGGUGUCUGGGAUACAGAUUCACCCCUAAAGCAAAUACCAUUUUUCAAUGAAGAGAUAUUACAAAAAUGUAAAGAAUUCGGGGUCCAAACAGUUUAUGAUGUUAUGUCUCUAGAAGAUGAGGAAAGGGAAAAUAUUUUAACUUUGCCAGAGCCUGAAUUGAAUAAGGUGGCUGAAUUUGUGAAUAAUUAUCCAAAUAUAGAAAUAAACUGUGAUUUUGAUAAUACGAAUCCAUUAAAACCUUCCGAAUCUAGGAUCUUGGCAGUUACAGUUACCAGAGAUGAAGAUCCAGAGACUCUUGAUGUCGUAUCAAAAUCAUUACCUUAUAAGAAACCAGAAAGUUGGUGGCUUUUCGUGGGUGAUAAAAAAACGAGUCAUAUAUACAGCAUUAAAAAGGUGACUUUAGGAAAGAUUUCUCAGAAAUUUGAGUUAGAAAUUGAAUUAGAAGAAGUUGGUAGUUAUGAACUUACAUUAUGGUGCGUUUGUGAUUCGUAUUUGGAUGUAGAUAAAGAGCUAUCAUUCAAUGUCACAGUUUCAACUUGA